GCUGGGGAUUCUUCAUUUCGCCAUCCAUAUAGAACAAAUUGACCAUGACGGCUCCAAAGGUCAUUGUUUUAGGCAGUCUCAACGGCCAAUUCGAAGCCGCGAUCAAGAAGAUUACGAACUUGCACUCGAAGAAUAACUUCUCACUUGCGAUACUUACCGGUGAUGUUUUUGCAGAGGAGACAAGUGAUGAGGUCCUAGAUGCGCUCGUCAGUGGCACCUUCCAGUUCCCUUUGCCAACAUACUUCACCGUCGGCAAACACGCUCUACCCGAUCGGAUCGCGGCCAAAAUCGAGGCAGACGAAGACAUAGGCGCCAAUCUACACUUUCUUGGGAAGCGUAGCAUUAAUAAAACCGCGGAAGGUUUGAGAAUAGUGGCGCUAGGUGGUUUCCUGGACCAAACGUCCAGCGCAGGCAAAUCGCAAGAACAGUAUCUACCGUUCCACACCGAAGACGAUGCAAGGAGCUUGAAGGGUGCCAAUACAGCCGAUAUAUUGCUUACUUCUAUGUGGCCAAAAAAUAUCUGGUCAGGUUCAAAAGUCACUCUCGAGGCUGAAAACCAGACUGUUGUCGCUUCCUCAAGCACAGUAGCAGAGCUGUGCGACAUGUUGAAGCCUCGGUAUCAUCUGUCUGCGUCGCCGGGGCCAUUCUUUUACGAGCGUGAACCAUUUUCAAACUCUCUAAGCGGCAAUGAAGCCGAUACGUUUGUUACGAGAUUCAUAUCUAUGGCACCGUUUGGUAAUGCAUCGAAGGCCAAGGCUUUAUACGCAUUCACAUUGAACAACGCCGACGACGCUCUGCCACCCGGCACUACUCAGUCUCCUUUUGUCCGGAAAGAAAAAAAACGAGGACGGCCCGAUGAUUCAUUUAGUCGAUUCGGCUCCGAGCACCGUGAUCAUCGGCAUCGCGACAAGAGAAAGAGACAGCGAUCGCCUCCUCCAGGACCAGAUCAAUGCUUCUUCUGCUUAUCCAAUCCCAACCUCUCAGCACACAUGUGCUGCACCAUUGGUGAUGAUGCAUACACAACCACAGCUAAAGGUCCCCUAUCAACAGCAACUACCUUUGCCGAGUAUGGUCUAAAGUUCCCCGGCCACUUCAUCAUCAUCCCAUUGCCUCACGCUCCGACACUUGCGGCUAUAGGGGACAUCACAGCUUCGGAAUCCGAGGCAGCACGUACUUUGAAAGAGAUGGUGCGUUUCCGCCAAGCCCUUCAACACAUGAUUUCAGCCAAAAGUGACAGGAGGCUUGGAGCUGUAACAUGGGAGAUUAGUCGUGGCCGCAACGUACACCUAAUCUGGCAAACAAUGGCUGUGCCAGCUAAAAUGAUUGAGGAGGGCCUUGCAGAGGCAGCUUUCAAGGUGGAAGCAGACAACCUGAAAUAUCCAAAAUUUUCUACCCAAGAUUUACCACCAGAACAGCGCGCCGUUUCCGGCGACUUCUUUCACGUUCAGCUAUGGGCUGCCGGCAGCUCGGGCAUGGAAACGACUAAGUCUAUCUUCAUGCCCCUCGAGCCAGACACACGAUUUGACUUGCAAUUUGCCCGUCGUGUAUUAGCAAAGCUUCUUGGCUUAGAGAGCCGGCUCUCUUGGCAGGACUGCGUGCAAACGGAGGAAGAAGAAACACAGGACGUUGCAGUAGUCCGAGACGCAUUCAAAGAGUGGGACUUUACGGCCGAGUAGAGAACUUCACUUGGUCAAUUGUUUUUUUUUCCUUUUUUGCGGGCAAAUCAUAGUAGUGGCGUUAUGGAAUGAACGGUAGAUUACAUAGCUAGACGAUAUAGGGACCAUUUUCGAAUACGUGAACCGCAGGGGUCCUUCCCAUCAGAGACCCCUGACCUGAGACAAUAGAGGAAAUGUGAACAGAUUAAAGUGGCUGUAGCCGAGACGAGAGCAUGGCUAUUCCGAUGUUUAGAUCAACACGUGCGAAACUUUGUGAAUGCAAGUUGAAUUUCUUUCGUACAACGCUACCAACUAAGGAAUGUCACCUCACUAUCAAGAGACUAGGCUAAUUGGCUAAUGCACAGUCACCUGUCCCAUCCCCUUUUGAAUCAAAAAACGCCGGUAAAGAAAGCAGCAUGUAUCGUAAGCACACAAGAAAGCGAAAGAACCAGCAACCCGUCUAGCCAUCGCCCUCGCGGAAAAAAAGAGUAAAACAAGGAGACAUGAGAAACUAGGUCGUAGAAAAUGGGUAUAGACAGCGCAAAUCAUGCGCAACAUGAAAAAAGGUAAUGUAACAGGAAGGAGGACAUGCAUAGUGAAAUGCAAUACCAAUGCAAAAUAUGUGUAGUCGUUAGCCAAACCCACAAGACAAUGUUUAUCGACUGGCAUAAACAUGUCAUAAUGCGAACCAAAUUCAUGAUGCUGUAAAGGGAGGCGAAUGGAAAGGGUGCGAGCGACAGAAAGGUGCAUGCUCAGACGUAGACGAAGGACCACGACGUAUGGCAAUGUCGGGCUUCGAAACGGAGUGAUAUGAAUUAGGCAGGCCGCCUAGGAUGUUAGACGAUCGGCUAUGCAGAAAUAGCUGCCAAUAGGAAGAAAAAUGCUAAUGCAAUACACGUAUACGAGCCUGUGUCAGGCCGUGAUGAUAUGCUGGGAGAGGUAGAGUCCAUCAUUAACACGCUCAUUAGGGGGGAGAAUGAGCUGCAGAAGAUCUGAGUGAGCGAAGGGUGUGAGUAGGCUGUGCAGUUGACGUCGGCGUUGACUUAGUAAGAAGCCAUGCGGCGAGCGUGAGUUCGGUCACCAAACACAGGAGAAAAAGCGCCAGGGCUGAAAGAUGACGUUUGCCUAGCAAUUGGGCGGCCAGGAGCUGUUGGUGACUGGUCUACGCAUGAUUCUCGUUGCCCAAAAGCGAAGGUCUGCGCACGGUUGAGACCUUUUCGUGACUUUAGACGGCCCAUCUCACGUUCGCAGGUACGCUGAUGCUUCUCAUCAGACAUCUCUACGUACUCAGGGGGGAAGCAGCGACUGCGGUAAUCGGCAAAAAAGCCGCUGUAACCGCCAUCCAAAAUGUACACCUCGGGAUAUGUGAGCUGUGGGUAGAACUCAGCAUUCGUGGUGCGGUCUUCGGCUCGGAUAUGGCGAGCCAUCAGGGGUGCACGAUGGGCGGAGUAUUCGCAGUGGAAAAUGAGUAGUGUUCGACCAGCCAUCGGAGUCUGGAACAAUUGUGAGGUAAGCAGUUCUUUGUUGUUGUAGUUAACUGCGCCGUCGAUAUGGCCACCGCUAUACUCGUAUUCAAAACGGCAGUCGAUAACCAUCUUUUGGUCAAAUCGAUCCGCAAAUUUGCCAUCCAACACUGCCAACAUGGUUUCUUUGGUGAUGCGGGGAAUUGUAUCAGCCGGAUCCUCAGAAAGAAAAUGGGGCAGGGCAGGCUCAUUGGAUUCUUCAACAUCCAUUACACACUUAAGGGUGGACGGACGAGACUCAGGGACCUGUGGCUUAGGCUUCAUAAUAUCUGCCGGAUGUUCAAACAUGCUCAGAGAACGGCGGAUCUGCUUGCGAUUCCUCAAGAAUGGAUUGGAUUGUCUCCGCGCAUGGAAGUUGACAGGGGAGGCUUGACGUGAGCUUGAGCCAGUGAGAAACUGAGGGCGAGAACGAAGGCCCAAGGGAAUGGGCGCACAAGGGCUGUCGGAUGGUUGCUGUUGUCGAGUCUCUGGCUGAGGUGACUCGGCAUCAAAACAUUCUCCAAGUGACAAACUUGAAGCCCCAAAGGAAGAUUCGGAACCAAAUCUGAAAGGGGGCAGUUGACGUUCUUGGUGUGACUUAGAUGCCCCAGCACUAAACGUGUGCCCCUUCACACGCGUAAGAGAUGGACGUCGAGGUGCGGCAAUGCGACGUCUACAAAGAAUUAGCUAUGUGUAUACGGUAAACCAAAGGCUGCGGCAGACUGGACUUACUCAAUAAAGGAUGGUCGCAAGGAUUCAGAUGAAUGGCGGGCAAUGGGAGCCGGAGAGUCGAGGACCAUUUCUUCGUCACCUGGGGUAGACGUGGGAGUGGGCGAACAAGCGCGGAUAAUGCUGCAUGAAGGAGUCUUGUGAGGUAGAGGGGAAACUUCCAUCUGUUCCAGCAUGGGAGCAGGGGAAGAAGGCGGCAGCGGUGGAGUAGUCACAAAGUCUGCUGUAGUUGUUAGAGAAUGGUAUUUGGCUAUUAUAGAUCCGAG